AUGCCUGGACUCAUUUCAACUGAAAAAAAUAAAAUUCUUAGAAAAAUAUUAAUUCCAGUUUAUGAAAGUCUUGAAGCUCAUAAAGCCAUUAUAUGGUAUAUGAAUAAUCUAAAACAUCCUGGUGAUUUAAUUAUAUUCCUUCAUGUUGUUGAACCUAUUCUACCAUCUGCUUUAUCUGGAUUAUCAAGUCAAUAUGAAUCUAUGCCAUUUAAUGAUAAAUAUCAUAUAUCUGAAAAAAAUAUGAAUAAAGCUAGAUUAUUAUGUCAAGAAUUAGUACAUGAAGCAAAUAUUUAUGGUAUCAAAUCAGAAGCAAUGAUACAAGUCGAUACAAAACCAGGUCCAGCUAUUAUUAAAAUAAUUAAUGAACAACAUAUUGAUAAUAUUAUAAUGUUAAAACGUAGUUUAGGUUUUAUUAAACGUGCUAUUACUGGUAGUGUUAGUUCAUAUGUAUUACAUCAUUCAAAUGUACCUGUUACCAUUUUAUCAUCUAUGAAUAAUUAA